AUGAAGGUAUUCAUCACAGGUGCUUCAGGUUUCAUUGGAACCCAAGUUGUUCAUGAACUUCUUGCUGCAGGACAUGAGGUUGUCGCUUUAGCAAGAUCAGAUGUUGCGCAAGCUAAAGUAGAAAAGAUCAGUUCUAAAGUAGCUGUUCUUCGUGGGGACCUCACUGAUGUGGAUAUUCUUAAGAAAGGUGCUUCAGAAUCAGAUGGUGUAGUUCACUUGGGAUUUGUUCAAAAUUUCAGUAAGUUCGAAGAAUGUUGUCAGAUUGACUACAAAGCGACUAUUGCAAUGUUAGAUGUCCUCGAAGGUACCGAUAAACCAUUUAUUUACACUAGUGGUACCAUAAAACUCGAUGGAAAAGUAACCAUCGAAACAGAUCAAAGGGAUCCAAAGGAACCUAGCACUAGGGGUAAAACAGAAACCCUAGCAUUGGGAUACAAGGACAGGGGUGUUAGAGUCACUACUGUGAGAUUACCUCUCGUACAUGGAGAAGGUGACCAUGGGUUUGUUCCGCUUAUUUUUGGAAUUACGAGAACCAAAGGGUUUUCAGCAUACAUUGAAGAAGGUCUGAACAAAUUUCCAGCAGUUCACGUAAACGAUGCUGCAGUUUUAUAUAGACUUGUUCUUGAGAAAGGUCAGGCUGGACAUGCUUAUCAUGCAGCAGCCGAAGGUAUUCUCACUGCCAAGGACUUCGCUGAAGCAAUUGGGAAGUCUCUUAAUGUUCCUGUUGAAUCUAUUACCCAAGAUAAGGUUAUGGGACACUUUGGUUUCCUUGGAAUUUUUUUUGGUUUUGACCAACCUACGUCGAGUGAGAUCACUCGUGAAGAAUUGCAAUGGGAUCCAAAGGGUGUGACCCUCUUCGAGGAUAUUAAUACCGACUUUUACCGCAACAGCACGUCUACCUUCUAA